CCCAGCCCGGCCCGGCCCCGCCAGCCGCCCCCCAUGGAGGAGCAGCCCCACCACCACCAUCAUCACCACCACUAUUACUACUACGGGCACCACCACCACCACCCGCAGAGCGCCUACCUGCCGCCGCCCGACGGCCGAGCCCAGCCCAAGCCGCCGCUCCGCCACGAGCACAAGCACGGCGGCCCGCAGCACACGGAGGCGCCGAAGCGGAGACCAGGCUACGGAGAGCUAAAUGGUAACGCAGGAGAACGAGAAGUGUCACUAAAGGGCCUGUGCUCUGAUGAAGCCACCAGCCCAGGAUCCAGGGUACCCAAUGGCAGCCAACAGCUCGUAGAUUCCAACGUCACCCCAAAGCAGACUGUGAAGGCCAGUGCUUUGGGGAAAGCUGGAAUCAAAACCAAGAACUUCAUUCAGAAAAAUAGCAUGGACAAAAAGAAUGAGAAGUCCUACGAAAACAAACACAGAGAAAACCAGUCCUCAGACAAGCCAGAGGGAGUGUCUAUUCCAAACGGCGUGGUGACCAAUAAUUCCAGCUACAUCACAAAUGGCUACGUAGGCAAAGGGGCCGACAACGAUGGUAGUGGCUCCGAGAGUGGAUAUACUACACCUAAAAAAAGGAAAGGCAGGCGCAACAGUGCCAAGGGUUGUGAGAACUUGAAUCUAGUACAGGACAAAAUAAUGCAGCAGGAGGUCAGCGCACCAACCUUGAAACAGGAACUUGACAGUUUCAAACCUGAUUAUAGUGAACAAAAGGGGAACCGAAUUGAAAAUACUAAGCCUGUUUGGAAAUACGAGGCUGGGGCUGGUGGAGCGGGCCGGGGAAAGCCUGGGCUCGGGGAUGUACCGAGGAAAAACUCGGAUGCCAAACCUGGGAUUAGCAGCAAGAAGUUUGAUGACCGGCCCAAAGGGAAGCACGCAUCCUCGACUACAUCUAAAGAGGACUCAUGGACCUUAUUUAAACCACCCCCAGUUUUUCCAGUGGACAAUAGCAGUGCUAAAAUUGUUCCCAAAAUUAGUUAUGCAAGUAAAGUUAAAGAAAACCUCAACAAAGCAGCUCAAACCCCAUCCACGUCAUCCUCGUCAUCUUCAUCAUCUGCUGGGGAAACUCAGGCCCAAACAUCAAGUCGACUGUCCCAAGUCCCCAUGUCUGCUAUGAAAUCUGUCACUUCUGCCAGCUUCUCCAACGGGCCGAUCCUGGCGGGGAACGAUGGAAGUGUGUAUUCCCCAGGGGCCCAGCCACUGCUCUCCGCUGCUGCUAGUACUGUACCAUCCACCUCCUCCGAGUCAGCACCCCAGGACGCGAGUACAACUUCGACAACCCUCGAACAAAAGAAAUCUGGCCUUUUUAUCUACCCUUCAAAUAUGCAAACUGUGCUCCUGGGGACAGCGCAAGUCGAUUUCCCUUCGCAGACGAAUCAGCAGAACCUGGGGGAUAUCUUCCAGAAUCAGUGGGGCUUGUCUUUCAUAAACGAGCCCAGUGCUGGACCUGAAACCAUUGUGGGGAAAUCUGCGGAUAAUCAGUUAAUGGAAGUGACAUUUCAAGGGGAAUAUCCUGCCACUUUGGUUUCACAGUGUGCUGAAAUCAUUCCCUCAGGAACUGAACAACCUGUGUUUCCUAAGGCUUAUGAGCUGGAUAAACGGACUAGCCCUCAAAUUCUUAGUGCUAUUCUUAAGCCUGGGACUGCUGUUGAGGGUGGUGUCUUAGCUUUGGAGUCGCAUCACACAGGUGACCUACAAAAGGCAGACACCGGUAGCCAAGGUGCUUUAGUGUUUCUUUCAAAAGACUAUGAAGUAGAGAAUCCUCUGGCCUCUCCUACGAACAAUUUGCUAGCCUCCGCCAAAGAACAGAGGUACCAGAGAGGCCUAGAAAGGAAAGAUAGCUGGGGUUCUUUUGACCUGAGGGCUGCUAUUCUAUAUCACACUAAAGAAAUGGAAGCGGUUUGGAAUUUGCAGAAGCAAGAUCCCAAAAGGAUAAUCACUUAUGAUGAAGCCAUGGAUCGCCCGGAUCAAUGAAGGUAGCAAGACAAGACUGCCUGUUCUAACCUUUCUGCAGCAUUUGUGCUGUUCGUGGGGGACAAAAAGGCUUUUAUGCUCCUUCUAAAUCUUCAGUGCAGCAGAGGAACCAUAACUAGAAUCACAGGAUAAUAUAUACAAAUAUAUAUAUAGUUAUUUAAAAAUGGCAACUGAAAGUAAUUAGACUUCUUAAGGAAUCUGAAAAUUUAUUUCAACGAGACUACACACGUGAUUAUUUAAUCUCCGGUACUGAAUAGAUUUUUUUUUUUUUCAUUUUUGUUUUGUUUUGUUUUUGUUUAAAGAGUGAAUGCAAGUGAUUAAGGAAUACAGACUCAAUUACAAGCCCGGUUUCAAAGUUCCUGCUGUCGUCUACAUGGGCAACAGCAACCCACUGGAGAGGCAUUUCCACUUGACAAGGUUUCUGUUUCAUGUUCUGUGACUGUAGUGACACACUAAUCACAGGGAAAUCAGGAUGAUUCACCAUCCUUCAUCUCCCCUUUCCCUUCCACCUCCUCCUGUUUGGUUUCUUUUUUUUUUUUUAUUUUUUUUUCUGAUUUGUUUUCCAUGGAAUGCUGGAGAAACGCCUUGAAGUUUGCAGAGUUUCUUUUUUUUUUUCCAGAGAAUUAUAAUCCGCAUGUUUUGCCAGGAGUAAAGCAGCAAUCCUAUGCUGGUGAUAUUGUCUUAAAAGGAUCAUUCUGCUGAGGGAAAGAUGGUAAUACUGCAGUUCUAGGAUGCAUGGUGAAGUCACACAGUUGACCUGGCUCCUGUUACACGUUGGACUAUUGCAACUGAAGAGUUAUUUCAUUUUAAAAGACAACAUGGAAAAAUAAGCAAUCUGUUUAGGCAUUUAAUAUGGAAAAAAACAAACAAAAAAAACCCCUCACUGUUCCCACAGGUUAAUGCUAUUGUAUUACUGGGAGCAAGGAAAAAAAAAAAAAAAAAAGACAAAAAAAAGUAUCUUCUGCUUUCAACUGUAGGUGCUUCAUAUUUGCUCUGUCUGUCUCCUAACACUAAAUGUGCUGGAUUUUUUUCCCAUUUUCGUUGGAAAACUGAAGAGGAAUUGAGUUCUGCUAACUUUCACCCUUCUCGAAUUAUUUUUUCUCUUAAAAAAAUUUCUCAAAAUAACAAAAAAAUGAAAAAAGUUUUUAAAAAAAAGAAAAAAAAUGGGAAUUUGAAUCCUUUUCAAUUUGUCCAUAGAACGCCAAUGGCUGGGCUUCCUGCCCCUUGGAGAUGCUCUUUUAUAUUUUAAUGCAGUCUGUGUAUUUCCGGGCUCUGCUUCUAAUUAUCUCUUAAUAAAAAUAUAUUUUAUUACAAAAAAAAAUGGAGGACUUAGGAAUGAAAAUAAUAAUUUUAAAAAAAUAAUAAAAAAAUAAUCCCAGGGAAAGGAAAGCAGUGGUAGGGAAGGCUGAGCAGAGUGCAGGUUCCAGCUGUGUAACCCCUCUGUCCCAUUGCAGUUUGUGUAACAUGUCCAAAUCAUCUGGGGGUCGGGUAGUUUUUCUGGGUUUUUUUAACAGGUGGAAAGUUCACAGGGUCCAGUGCAAGAGCGAGGAAUUAAUAAAGCAGAAUGGGUUUGUUGACCAGCCCCAGCUCCCUAUGUACCCAGAGCUCAUCAUGGGUGUCUGUGGCCUAAUCCUGCCCAUGGGUGUCCAAAUCAGCAGCAGUUGGUGUCUCCUAAAAUGAGACUGGACCCUCUGGGGCAUUACAUGGAAUAGAUAAACCCAAAACUUUGGAAUACCCUUUGUCCAUCAGGUUGCUGUCCAGUCACCAGAGGGUUCCACAGGGCUCUGUCCUCAGCCCAUUUCUCUCCAACAUCUCAUUAACAACCUGAGUUCAGGACUCAGAGAUACUAAUUUUGCUGACACACUAAACUGGGAGGAACUGUUGACUCCCUCUAGGGCAGAGAGCUCUCAGAAAUGAGAGAUGGGCAAUCAGCAACUGUAUGAGGUUUACCAAGAGUGAGUGUUGGAUUCUGCAGCCCUGGACAGGCUGGGAAUGAGAGGCUGGAGAGCAGCACCUUGUAAAGGAGCUGGGGCUCCUGUUGGAUCUGAGUCAGCAGUGCCCUGGCAGCCAGGAGGGUCAGCAAUGUCCUGGUGGGCACCAGGCCCAGCAUGACCUGUCCUGCUUUGCUCUGCACUGGUAUAACCUCACCUCGAGGUCUUGGGCAGUUCUGGGCACCACAAUGUGGGAAAGACCCCGUUAGAGAGCAUCCCAAGGAGCCCGUGAGGAUGGGGAAGGGUCUGGAGGGGAAGCCUGCUGAGAUCACUUGGUUUGUUCAGCUGGAGGAGAGACCUCAUUGUGGUCUUCAACAUCCUCCCCCAGACCAGCAGAGGGGCAGGUACCAAUCUCUUCACUCUCACAACCAGUGACAGGGAACAGCCUGAAGCUGAGUCAGGGGCUGGAUAGCAGGAAAAGCUUCACCCACAGGGAGGUUGAGCACUGGAACACGCUCCCCUGGGAAGUGGUCACAGCACCAAACUUGUCUGAGGUCAGGAAGAGUUUGGGCAAUGCUUUCAGGCACAGGGUGGGAUUCUUGGGGUGUCCUGCACAGGGCCAGCAGUUGGACUCAAUCCUGAUGGGUCUCUUCC